AUGCGUAGAGAACUCACCCAUACUAUCCUCUUACAUCCCUCAUACUUCGGUGCUCAAUUGGAAGAUUACCUUCGACAGAAAUUGUACGAGGAUGUUGAAGGGACAUGUAGUGGUAAACAUGGGUAUAUAAUAUCUGUCAUUACUAUAUCAGAUAUAGGUGAAGGUAAAAUCAUACCUUCUACAGGACAAGCGAAAUUCAAGACUACCUACACGGCGAUUGUCAUGAAACCUUUUAAAGGUGAAGUGGUAGAUGGCAAAGUCAUUAACGUCAAUAAGAUGGGUUUCUUAGCUAUGGUCGGUCCAUUACAGGUAUUCGUCUCAUCUCACCUCACACACGGUGAUAUGAAAUAUGACCCCAACGCUUCACCACCAUGUUAUCGAUCCAACGAUGAGAUCAUACAGAAAGAUACAAAAGUUAGGAUGCAGAUUGUAGGUUGUAGAGUCGAAGCGAAUGAUAUCUUUGCCAUUGGAACUAUCAAGAAAGAUUUCUUGGGUCAGAUAAGAGAGGAUUAG